CGGCCCGGGAAGCCCCCCCGGCGGGGCGCGCGCAGACCGGGCCAUGGCGGAGACGCGCGUGUCGCGCUGGUACUUCGGGGGGCUGGCGUCGUGCGGGGCCGCCUGCUGCACCCACCCGCUCGACCUGCUCAAGGUGCACCUGCAGACACAGCAGGAGGUGAAGAUCCGCAUGACAGGCAUGGCGCUGCGCGUGGUACGCUCCGACGGUGUCCUGGCACUCUACAAUGGGCUCAGUGCCUCGCUGUGCCGGCAGAUGACGUACUCCCUGACCCGCUUUGCCAUCUAUGAGACGGUGCGGGACCACCUGGGCCGUGGCAGCCAGGGCCCUCUGCCCUUCUACCAGAAGGUGCUGCUGGGCGCCGUGGGAGGUUUCACGGGUGGGUUUGUGGGGACGCCGGCGGACAUGGUGAAUGUCAGGAUGCAGAACGACAUGAAGCAGCCGGCGCACCUGAGGCGCAACUACGCCCACGCGCUGGACGGGCUGCACCGGGUGCUCCGGGAGGAGGGCCUGAGGAAGCUGUUUUCCGGGGCUUCGAUGGCUUCGAGUCGAGGGGCCCUGGUGACCGUCGGACAGCUCUCCUGCUACGACCAGGCCAAGCAGCUGGUCCUCACCACGGGGCUCCUGUCUGACAACAUCUUCACCCACUUCCUGGCCAGCUUCAUCGCUGGCGGAUGCGCCACAUUCCUGUGCCAGCCCUUGGACGUGCUCAAGACCCGCCUGAUGAACUCCCAGGGCGAGUACCGGGGCGUCCUGCACUGCGCCGUGGAGACGGCCAAGCUGGGACCACUGGCUUUUUACAAGGGCUUUGUGCCUGCUGCCAUCCGGCUGGUCCCGCACACCGUCCUCACCUUUGUCUUCUUGGAGCAGCUGCGCAAGUACUUCGGGAUCAAAGUGCUGGCCUGAGGCAGGCGAGCAGGAGCAGGGGCCCAGCUGCCAUGCCCGGGGCAAGCCACCUCACCCCCUCCCAGUGCAGCUCACUCUGCCUCCGGCUUCACCCCUGCCCCUCGCUUACCUGCUGGGCCGGCGCCUACACCUCCAGCCGACCAGCAGCCUCAGCUGCCACCUGCACCAGUUGCCACAGGGACAGUGUGGCCCCCACCCCUCCCAGAAGCUCACAGCGCCCUGAGGGCCACGGUCCUGGUGGGGGCCUCAGUCUUACCUGUCGGCCACUCUCUUGCGCCCCGGCACCAUGGCCCCUGGGCAGGGAGAAGGAGAGGAAGAGGGGCCCGUUGGCUCCCCAGCACCUGGCCCCCCAGGGGGGAGGGAAGCCAGGGAGUUCCCAGCUCCACAGUUGUCCCUUCCCUACUGCUCCCUCCAGCUUUAAGGACCCAGUCUGCUCGGCCAAAACCUCCCGGCACCCAGAAGCUGUCGGGCUCUUCAGGGACUUCUGCCUCAUACCAAUGAUGAUGUGGAACAGCCUCGCUCCUCGCCACCAGCCACGCCUGGCUGCCCCCCAUGUCCCGGCUGCAGCUGGCCAGAGCCGGGGCAAGCCAGAGGUCUUUCUCCCAAGUGCACAGCUCUGCCUGGCCCCACCACCCGGCCCCUGCCAUGCCCGGCGGUGCAGGGACCACCCCGGAGCAGGGGAUGCGCCGUGGCACCGGUGGGGGUGGGGGCAGGGGCAGGCACGCAGGACUUAGCCCGGAGCAGCAGAGCAGGGUCCUUGAGCCAGCCCCGACCUCCUGCCCUUGGGCAAGGCCAGCCCUGCACUGCAUCCCCGGCAGCUGGCCGUGCUGGGGGCCCCCCACUCCCGCCGCCCUUUGAGCUUCUGCUGCAUCGUGUCUAUUUAAGUGUGGACCCGUGGGAUCAAGGAACUGGAGCGUGUGUAACUGUGACAAUAAAUCUAUGACCGUG